AUGGCUUCCCUGGCAUCAGCUGCUCGUGAUAUCCCCCAGCCCUCCGCGAACCGAGACAACUUAACUGUUGUAGCGGCGCGGGGGGACUCGGCGACUGUGGCACGAUCUCAUACCCUUCCUACUCCCCCAAACUCUAUAUCUCCCGCUUUGCCAGCCCACGGUUUAAAGGCGCAAUUGCAAAAGGCCAAACUCGAGCCCAUCGACUCGGACUUGGAUCUGCAUGAUAAUGCCAGUAGUCACGGGCGGUCGCUAUCUCCGGCUGCCUUGGAAUCAGCAGGUGCCAUCACGGCGUCCAUGUUGGCAAAGUACCAUUUACCAGAGAUCCUGCUCAACCACGGGCCUUUGGCUAUACGGCACAUCAUGGGCUAUCUGACCACGUCGGUGCCUGGUUUCUCGGGCAUACCCCCGACAAAGGCACGGAGACUGGUUGUGAGUGCCUUGGAGGGACGAGGAGGGGAAGGCGGCGGCGUGCAAGGCGACGUCGAGUACGAAAAGGUGGGCUGGGGACGCUGGGAUGCGAAGCGACGAGGUGUGGCAGGUCGUGACCGUCACGGCACGCCGCCAUCUUCAUACGGCUCAGCUAUCCCCAUCUCCAAGGCAGGUGGAAGAGGGGCAAGGGGUUCCAUGGCAGAUGCUGCCUUCCACUUCUCCCACGAUGACAAUGACAUCCAUAUCAUGAUGGAAACCGAGGCCGACAGGAUGUCCAUGGACGGUUCGGCCUCGGCCUCGUGCUCCGAAGCUCCAGAUGACGAUGUUGUCAUGAACGAUGAUCCGGAAGACGUGACGGACGACGAGGAUUGGGCCGCCAUGGGUGCCGCUGCACUCAGGGCCGAAUCCUACCCCAAUAUGGCUGUUGCGCGGUCAAACGGCGACGCGCACUCUCCAAAUUUUCCUUUAAUGGGUGGGUUACGAACCUUCUCGGUCAACUCGGGAAUGGCACGACCGCCUCAACCAAGCCACGCCGAUCUUUCCCCGUUGGCCUGCGCAUCUGACGCACAGGAACGUGAGGCUGUCGAGGCUCUUUUGCGACUUGGUUCUGUAUAG